UCGAGGCGAGGUGGCGCUGCCGGCCGGCAUGGCGCCACAGAGCCCGGAGGCGGUGGAGUACCUCGGCAAGCUCAAGCUCGCGGCGGGCACGUCGGACGUGGCCAACUGCCUCCAUUGCCUGAAGCUGAGGCCCGAGAUGCCCGCGCACUUCGCGCCCGCGGCCCCUGCGCACGUCUUCGGGCUCGAGGGGGCCAUGGCUGGAGGUCGGCGCCUGGGAAGAGCUUCGCUGGUGCAUCCAGUGCGGGCUGCGCUGCCGAUGGGGUUCGCCUGGGGUCUCUGGUUUGCCCAGCGUAUAAAUGAGCUGCAGACCUUGCGGGGCGCCUCUACUCCUCUGGGGCCCCCCCUCCAUGACAGAGGGCCGCCCCUGAUGGUGCUGCCGCCAGAGACGGCCGCAGGUCAGGCGCAGCACUACGUGUGCGUCGAUAACCUCGGGAUCCUGCGCACCAGGCGCUACGAGGUCGGGGAGGCCAUCUCGGCUUUGCAGCGCCACUUCGCCGAGCUGGGUUUGGUGCUGCACGAGUCCGCGGUGACCGACGAGAAGUGCAGGACGCUGGGAUGCCUCUCGGUGCGGCACGCGGCGUACGCUUUCAUGCACAAGUAUCGCGACGGGGCCGGCUACCUCUGGGAUGAGUGUCUGCAGGAGCUUCGUGCGCUCAAGGGGCCCAUGCUGUUCCUGGAGAGCGACUGGGCGCGGCCGUGGAAUCCGAUGGUCUUCGAGACUGAUAGCUCCGUCGAGGGGAUGGGCAUCGCCAAGGCCACGUGGGGCCUGGAGGAUGUCUCCGCCCUGGGCCGGGUGCUGGAGCGCUCGCGCUUCAAGCGGUCUGGUGGCUGCGGAGCCCGCGAGUCUGCCCUGGGGGCCUCAGGCUUCUGGCGCGACCCGUCGGGCAAGUGGCGCGUGUCCGACUCGGACGCAGACCCGAGAACCGAGGGCGCCUGGGCGGUAGACUCUAGUUUUACCGAGGUGCCCGCCAGGCUCCUCGCGUCCAGUCUUUGGCGCACCUGCUAUGUACGGAAGUGGUUGUUCGAUGAAAAUAUUCUUCUGAAGGAAGCGCGGGCGGUCCUCGUGGCCGUCAAGCGUUUGGCCAUCUUCCAGAGAGCCCACGAUUUGAGGCAGUUGAUUCUAGGGGCACGCCUGACCCGCGAGGGCGCCCGCGGGGGCCUGGUCUCGCGCCUGGCCCCGCAGUCCGCGCGGGGGGCGAGGCUGGAGCUGAGCCCGCCAGCUCUGCGAGCAUCCGCUGCAGAGCGCAAGCGGGAGCAGAUAGACGCGGGCGGCUGCGACGAAGUCGACGACAGCGGCAGCGCCGCGAGCGAGCAGAGCGGAGGCAAGCGCGCCGUUCCGGAGCGGGCGGCGGCGAUGAGGAAGAAGGCUCGCCAGCGGCGGUCAAAGUUCCUCUCGGAGGCGGUGGCCAGGGCCAUGGGCGGCGGACUCAACUUCCUCGAGGCCAGCGGCGUCACGAAGCCGGUGCGGGAGCGGUGCGAGAGGGAGGCGCUCUCCCAGUAUUUCAACUACCAGUUUUUCCAGGGCCACGAGGCGGCCAAGGGAGAGCAGGCCUUAGCUGGCAUCAUGUACUCGAGGUCGGAGUUCGGCUCCCAGAAGCUGCCCAAUGCCUGGCGGGCGCUGCGAGGCUGGUCGAAGACGGGCCUGGCGGACGUGUGCAUAGCCUUCGACAGCAAAUUGGCGCAGUGCCUGACUCCGCUAUGGCCGCUGCUGGUCAAAGGCGAUCCCGACGGCCUCGUGUUCACAUUCGAGUAUCCGGCCUACAUGCGUGCCUUCCAGAGCAGCGUGAAAGAGCUGGACAUAGAGGACAGGAUCAUCCCCUACCAGACGCGCCACAGCGGUCCCUCCAUAGAUGUGUCGAGGGGCUGGCGCGCGGCGGAGGAGGUCCAGCGUCGGGGGCAAUGUGGGCAAAUCAGAUCAACGAUCCGCUACGAGAAGGGGGCCAGGCUAGGAGAGAGCUGGGCCAGGCUCCACCCGAGGCUUCAGAUCGUCUGCGAGCUGUGCGAAAGACAUCUCGCGGACAUCGUGCUGCGAC